GACAUUCAAACUCCACAAGCUAGGUAGUAGAGUUUGUACCUGUUUCUUUUGUUCAUACUGUGUGUGAGAGAAUUUAAUUAAAGAGAGAAAAUUAAAAAGAUCGAAGUAGUAGUUAUGGACGUGACACAGGUACUUUGUAUGAAUGGUGGUAACGGGGAUAAUAGCUAUUCCAAUAAUUCGCUUUUGCAGAGAAUGGUAAUAUCAAUGACAAAACCAGUAAUUGAGCAUGCUUUGAGAAACCUCUAUCAUGGUUUGAACUUUCCCAAAACCCUGCUCAUGGCGGAUCUUGGAUGUUCAUCUGGAUUAAACACUUUGCUUGUGACAUCCGAACUCGUUAAGUCCAUCGACAAAAUCAGGCUUCAAUCGGGUCAAGAUGAAUCGCCUGAAAUUCAACUAUACUUGAAUGACCUUCCGCAAAAUGAUUUCAACAACAUCUUUCUCUCGGUGUCACGAUUUCAAAAGAGCCUAGCCAAGCAAACAAUCCGCAACUCAUCUUCGCCUCCUUGUUACUUUGUUGGUGUACCGGGUUCAUUCUAUACAAGGCUUUUUCCGAACAAAAGCCUUCAUUUUGUUCAUUCUUCCUACAGUCUCAUGUGGCUCUCCAAGGUUCCUGAAAUGACAGAGACAAAUAAAGGAAACAUAUAUAUGUCAGCAACAAGCCCUCCAAGCGUAAUAAGAGCAUACCGCGACCAAUUUCAAACAGACUUUUCAACGUUUCUCAAGUGUCGUGCCGAGGAAGUGGUGACCGACGGGCGUAUGGUUUUGACGAUACUAGGUAGACGGAGUGAUGAUCCUAGUAGCAAAGAAUGUUGUUUUGUUUGGGACCUUUUAGCCACAGCCCUAAAUCAUAUGGUGGUUGAGGGACUCAUAGAAGAAGAGAAAAUGGAUUCAUUUAACAUUCCACAAUACGCUCCGUGCGCUAAGGAAGUCCGUAAUGAAGUGGAGAAAGAAGGGUCGUUCACGAUUGAUCACCUCGAGGUUUCUGACGUGAAUUGGGAUGCAAGCACAGAUCACAAUCUUAUUUUAUCCGAAGACGAUGGACAUGGAUACAACAUGGGCAAAUGCAUGAGAGCUGUCGCGGAACCUAUGAUCUUGAGUCACUUUGGGGAGACGAUCGUCGAGGAAGUCUUCGAAAGAUACACGAAUAUUAUCAAGGAUCGCAUGUCAAAACAGAAGACCAGCCUCAUCAAUGUUACUGUUUCAAUGACCCGCAAAGCCUGAACUUAAUUUGUACGUGAUUUAAUUAUUAAGCAUCUAGCUAGCUAGCUAUCAUUUGUAAUAUUAUAAGGGAAGCAACCGUUUGCAUAUAUAGCUUUAUUACAUAAAAACCCGGCCAAUAAAUACUACGGGUAGUGUGCAUAUAAAUAUGUAAUUUGUUUUCCGUAAGGUAGUGUUCAUUAAUAAGAACGUUUGAUCUCA